UGCCGCCAUGUCUGAGAGCUUGAAGCAACUGCCAGUAAUCUGGGUUUUAGGUGGACCUGGAUCGGGCAAAGGAACCCAAUGUGACAAAAUUGUUGCUAAAUAUGGAUUCACCCACUUGUCUACUGGUGAUUUGCUCCGAGCUGAGGUACAAAGUGGAUCAGACAGAGGCAAAAACCUCACGGCUAUCAUGGAGAGAGGAGAACUAGUACCCAUGGACAUAGUACUUGACUUAUUAAAAGAAGCUAUGACUAAGGCCUUGCCCACAUCUAAAGGAUUCUUAAUUGAUGGAUAUCCUCGUGAAAAAGAUCAAGGUGUGGCUUUCGAAAACCAAGUGACGCCUGUAAACACAAUUUUAUAUUUCGAAUGUAAGCCUGAAACAUUGGUCGAACGUCUUUUGGGACGUGCAAAAACUUCUGGCCGAGCUGAUGACAAUGAAGAGACCAUCAAAUUGCGCUUGAAUACUUUCAAUGCCAAUAAUGACCAAGUUUUGGCCCUAUACCCAGACAGACUGAAGAGGAUAAACGCCGAAAGGCCAGUUGAUGAGAUCUUUGCGGAAGUAGUUGCAUGUAUUGACAACCUUUUGGCCACUUUCAAAAAGUAAAAUCUUCAAACCGAAUAUUUUACUGAUAAUUUUACUUUUGUAUAUAGCCGUCGGAUACUCUAUUAAAUACCAAAUAUAUAGCACAAUGUCAUAUGUUAUGUUCAAAAUAUCUAAAAUGUUCAAACUUUUGCACAAUAUGAUCUAAAUAAGAUAAAAUAAUGAAACAAA